AUGUCUGAAAACUUGCAAUUCUUCACCGACCUGGACCCGGAAAAUCCGUUUACCAAACAGGUCCAACAGACCCGUGGMCCUGUAACUCUAGUCAACACUUUUAUUGUGCCCCAGGGAAAGAUGGACGAGUUCCUCAGAGUGUGGAAAGAUGACGCGGCAUUCAUGAAGGCACAGCCCGGAUUCCUCUCUGCGCAGUUGUAUAGGGGGGUUGAAAGCAACGUUAUCAUUAACGUUGCGAAUUGGGAGACAUCUGCGAACCUUGCCAACGCAGUCCUGUCGUCAUAUUUCCAAGAAAACCUCAAACGCUAUCCGGAAGGUCUCAAGAUCUGUCCACAGCUUCUGGAGAAGAUGGCGAUCCCGAAUCUCUGCACGGCUUAA